CCGCCUGGUUUACAAGAAUCUCGUUUAGUCUGCAUGUGACUUGUAUAAGGAAGUUUGGUACUUUGUGAAAUUCAUGGAUACCAUUUUGGAAUCUGCACAAUUUAUAUUUAUAGCUGUUAUGUUUUAAAUUUUACAAUUGAUAUAAUUUGCACGGAUUACUUACAAACGCCAUUGAGAUCAUUCAAGAUAUAAGAAAAACAAAAUGGCUACCCAGAGUCUUAUCACGUACCUGUUAUUAGUGAUGAUGGCAUGUGUCGUGAUGUCAUUAGAAAUAAAUGGAACUAACGUGUGUCAACGAACCGUCACUGACACCAAAGCACGCCUAAAAUACAUACAGAAGCCCUAUGAACGCUGCACGCAAACGUGGUGUCCUAAUAUUUUGGAACUGUUUCGUUGUACACGCUGCUACACACUGUACAAGAGUGAGCUUGUAUACAAGGAUACGGACACCGACAGGACAGACCUGUACUGCUGUGCCGGGUACCAGGACAUCAAUGGACGCUGUCUGCACUGUGGAAAUGAGACCUGGGGUUUGAAUUGCCAAUACACCUGUAACUGUAAUGGUCAUGGUCAGUGUGAACCGAUCACAGGCGUGUGUCAGUGUAUGGCGGGCUGGACAGGAGAGAAGUGUCAGACUCCAUGUUCUCGGGGUACUUUUGGUGUGCGGUGUCAACAGUUGUGCCAGUGUAGGAAUGGCGCGGAGUGUGAUACAGCUAACGGCAUGUGCACGUGUACACCUGGAUACAAGGGACCACUGUGUGAGACGCGCUGCCGUCAGAACGACAACUGUAAAACGUCGUGUAAGUGUCAAAACAACGGCAGAUGUGACGCCAGGGAAGGCCACUGUGAGUGUCCGCACGGAUGGACGGGAGAUAUCUGUACUGAGCCCUGCCCCGCCGGUUAUACGGGCACUAACUGCUCUGAUAUCUGUCAAUGCUAUAACGGAGGUCACUGUAAUAGGUUCUCGGGUAACUGCUCCUGUACACCUGGAUUCACCGGACAGAAGUGUGAAAUCGAAUGCAAACCGGGAAUAUUUGGAAGUGGAUGUAAAUCGAAGUGUGAAUGUCAACAUGGCGGUACCUGUGAACACGUGACCGGAACUUGUGCCUGUCCGCCUGGUUAUCGUGGAGACAAGUGUGAAACGAGAGCCUGUCCAGAUGGGUUGUAUGGCGAACAAUGUGACCAGACCUGUAACUGUACAUCAGAGCGAACAAAGAGUGACUGUAAUCCAAUCACGGGCGCCUGUAUAUGUAGUCCGGGAUGGAACGGAUACACGUGUGACGAACCAUGCCCCGCUCCAACAUACGGGGACUCUUGUUCCGAGUCAUGUGACUGUCUUAAUGGCGGUCUUUGCCACCACGUGACCGGUAAAUGUCAAUGCGCUCCAGGUUUCGUCGGGAAAAGGUGUGAAAACGAAUGCACAGAUGGAUUUUAUGGUUUCGGAUGUACUCAGCCUUGUCUCUGCAAGAACGGAGCCAAGUGUAUGGCCAGGAACGGAUACUGUCGCUGUGCCCCAGGUUACCAUGGUCUGACAUGCAGCGCCCUCUGCCCCGUCGGUUGGUAUGGUGCCGACUGUGCAUCUAAGUGUAGAUGCAAGAACAACGCACUCUGUCAUCCGACCGAUGGGAAAUGUACCUGUCUCCCUGGCUACAUGGGGACGAUAUGUGACCAAAAAUGUCCGCCUUGGCAGUUUGGAUUUGGUUGUCGACAGGACUGUUCCUGUGACAUAAUGAACGCGAUAUCUUGUAACCACCAGACCGGGAUUUGUAUGUGUAAACCUGGAUAUAGUGGUGUAGACUGUCGGAGUACCUGUCCAGAAGGGAAGUGGGGAGAAUCUUGCACACGAACUUGUUUUUGUAAGAACAAUGGCACGUGUAAUUCGAAGUCAGGUGGAUGCCUAUGUAGGUCUGGUUACCAAGGCGACGACUGUGGGAGUAAUUGUCCCGUUGGUUACUAUGGUGAGGGAUGUCAGACCCAGUGUGAACAGUGUAGUAAAGGAUUGGUCUGUGAUCACGUGACAGGAAGAUGUUAUGCAAAAGAAUGCCCAGCCGGUUUCCAUGGUCCGGAAUGUCGCCAAGUUUGUGAAAAAGGAUAUUACGGAAAAAGUUGCAACUCAUCAUGCCCACCGUGCAAAAAUGGCGCCCUGUGUGAUUACGUCAGAGGGAACUGUAUCUGUAUGCCUGGAUGGACAGGAGACUUGUGUGAAAAGCCCUGUCUUGCCGGUUACUAUGGAUACAAGUGUAAGUCGAGAUGUAACUGUGAGAACGGCGGAGAGUGUAGACGUACAGACGGCUCGUGUCACUGUUUCCCGGGUUACAUGGGAUUCACGUGCUCCCAGAGUUGUAGUGAGGGAUACUACGGUCAGGACUGCCACAAGCUAUGUAACUGUGAUAAGAAAGAAACCUGUCACCCGGUACAUGGGUGUAUAUCCUCCGCGACAGUCAAUACGAGAGUAGCUCCAAUGGAGGAAUCAGGCGUCAAUGGGACUGUUGUUACCAUGUCAGUGGUAGCUGUCAUCCUUGUUAUCGUCUUGGUCUUACUGGUGUUUUACUUCCGGAACAGAGUCAAGCGUCUCCAAGAAAAUAAAACUGAUACGCUCCAAUUUUAUUCAGCCAGAAACCAAGGAAACGGUAUGGCCGGUAUAAUUAACCCAGUAUACGGAGCUAAUACGGGUACCAACACUCAUAUUGACAACCUGAACAACAGACGCCGGGAACACGACAAUCAGAUGCAGCCCCCGGGCCCCGGGCCGUGCAGUGCUGCUGCCUCCUGCUCUCCCUCCUACCCAGACGACGACGAGGACAGAUAUACGGACUUCAAGGCCCUCGAGGCGCACACCUACAAAAACGCCUCCUUAGGAGCCAGCAAUACGUAUGAAAAUGGCUCAAAGGCUUGUGCUAAGGACAUGAUGUACAACAAUAAGAUACAGGUCGAUCUGGUAAACAAUCUAGAUAAAUCUGAGGAGGCGAGUCCACCCCGGGACUACGACAACGUGUCACUCGAUUCAAUAGAUAUGGAAAAAGCCCGAAACAAAGACUGGCCGUUAUAUUGAAUUCCAGACUCCUUCAUCAACAAAGAAGCAUUAUACUACAAAUAUUGGCGACGCAAAUAUAUAUUAUCACUCGUCAACAAAAGAACGGUAAUUAAGAAUCAUAUCUUAAAAGUGAGGAAUAAAUUCUGCCAUCAACUGCAAAAUAUGACGAGGUGAUACAUUAGAAGCAGCAAAAAAGGUUCUUAUUCAACGUCCAAAUCAUUAAAAUUGGAACGAAAAGUUCUUCUGGUUUGGAACAGACGCUCGCCUUGGGUGUUGCCCCAUGUCUAGAGAAUUGCGCCCCAUUAAAUUGUUAUAUACCAGACAUUGGGCGCACGAUCUACGAAGCUCUCAGUAGAUAACUGACUCUCUGAACACCAUGUCAUCACUGACGUCUUGAUUAUGACUUUUCAGGAAAAAAUGACAGUUAUACGUGAAAUUUAAUGUCAAUACAGUAAUCUGGUCAACUAGAGAUUGACACUUAAUACUCAGACCGAUUUCUUUAAACACGAACUGUUCACUGUAUGUGUAUGUUCAUAGUUUUCGAGGUUGUUGUAGAAACACGAAAAUAACAACAAUGAAUUUGUUUGAUCUACUUCAUUUCUGCUUGGGUUGGAAAACUACGGCAGUUUGUACCCAGACCAAUUUCUUUACAUCAUAAUAUGUUCACUGUGCAAACGAAUGUUCAUGGUUUUCAUGAUUUAUACAAAACCUCGAAAAUAACAACAACGAAAUUUGAUUGAUAAACUUGAGUCUUGUUUGCGUUGGGUAACUAAGACAGUUUGUACCCAGACCAUUUUUUUAAGAAUGUUCAUGGUUUUCAUGAUUUACACAGAACCACGAAAAUAACAAACAACAAAUUUGAUUGAUAACCUUGAGUCUUGUUUGCGUUGGGUAACUACGACAGUUUGUACCCAGACCAAUUUCUUUCAGAAUGUUCAUGGUUUUCAUGAUUUAUACAGAACCACGAAAAUAAAUACAACGUCUUUGACUACUGAUUACGUGGGUUAUCACGAUAGUUUGUACCACAAACCUAUCUAAAUGGCUACAAACCACGAAAUAAAAUGCGUACGAACAUACAGUAGUGAUCCAGUAUAUAGACAAUAUGGCGACUAUCUGUGAGUAAAUAGAUUGGACGGAUCACGAAACCUACAUCUGACAACGUUGUAUAAAAAAAUAUCUAAUAAGUUUUCUGUUAUAGUGGAGUUUAAUGUUUUUCGCUAUUUUUAAAGUUGUUAUAUGUUUAACGUAGUACCACAUCAUUAGAAAAUAUCUAUUUAUAUAUGAGAUAAUCAGUAAAAGUUCCUGUAAUGAAAGAUUAUUUUCAUGAAUUAUUUAUUUUUGGCAUCUUUGAUUAGAUCACUCUUUCUGCUUCGAUAUAUUUUUUGUACAUAUGAAUGUUUUGCUUUUACAAUUCUUAUUAACGAUACAUGAACAACCAGAAGAGUGGAUACAAUCACUAUUAUCAAUAUACUUACAUGCAUAUUUGUUUCAGAGGUAUUAUUAAAAAAUGCAACGUUUGAAUUAAAUGAACAAAUACAACAAUAGUAUCCUCAAACAGACUCGAACAGUAACAGUAUCCACGUUUAAGUUUUUAAGAUUUUUUAAAAGUCUGUGUUGAAAGUGAAUUAUCAGAUGAUGUUCAGUGAGUUAUAAGAUGAUGUUCAGUGUUAAUGUUGCAAUAUAAAAAUGUUGACAAAGUGUGCUUAGUUUGGUGUAUAUGUGUUUUGUUGUUUAAUU